GCCAACCCCAAUUACAGUAGACUCAGUCAGUCCCCCGCGAUCCACAGUGGGUAAACCACUCUUCCAUCCAGUCUGAAAGAAAAGGAAAAAGAAAAUAAUAAUCGUAGAAUGAUUCUUGGUUCUUUUCCUUUCCAACGGCGGGAAUAAAGAGCUCUUGCGCUUGGAGUCUAAGCUGUGGGGAAGAAUUCGAGACUUGCACACCCAUCCUUGGCAAGUUAACGUGGGCAGGACGGUCGGCUCUUGGUCCCAUCCCCUCCCAGGGUCUCCUCCCCCCACCUUUUCCCUUUCAUCCUUCACCUCAAUUGUCCCCCCAAUCCCAAUAAUAUUUCGGGAUCUUGGAAUCUGGUCUUAAUUCUUAACCGAAGAGGAGGAGAAAAAGGGAGCAAGCAAGAUCUUCCAUGCCAUUCUCCGUGAUGAGAUGGCGCCCUUAUCGUUAACCCACAGCCUCGGGGGCAGCAACACGGGUGAGGACAAUGAGAAUGACGACUACUACACACCCGGAAACCCCUCCACCAGCGGAAUCCUCCUCGUGAUACUUGUAUUCUCCUUCUUCGCGCUGGUUUUCACCAUCGUUACUGGGUGGGUGUGGUGCGUGUCUGCUGUCGAGCCGACGUAUUACUCUGUUAGGACGCAUCGGAGGGGUGCAUGGAGGACUAAACGUGUGGUUCCUUUUAGAGGUAUUUUCCCCACCCACCGCUCAAUCCCUUAUAUCGGGCGCUAAUUGGUAUGAGAAGAAUGGUAUCGGAAGAGAUUGAACCUUCCCCGAACGCCCUCCGACAUUCGGCGGGAGGAACACUAUGCUAGGGUCUUGACCAACCUGCGGAUUAAAGGCUGGGAAGGCCGCGUUCUGCGCAAUGGCCAACCGGAUGAUCGCCGCUGGAUGCGCCCUCGCGACACUAGAUUCUGGAGACUGCACGGGCAUAAGAAUAGCUUGGAUACCUUCCAGCCAUUAAUGAGGAAGGGGGAUGGUUAUGGUGCCAUCACGAUACCGACAAAGAGAGAGGGUGACUGGGAGGAUGAUAGUGGCGACAGCGCAUCAGUGGGAUACUCGCCAUUCACUAUUCCGAGGCUCUUUGGGGCACCAUUGAGGACUUUGCAGGAGGAGGCUGGAGGGGGGGGUGGUGGUGGAGUAGGGAAGAGACAAAGAAGUAGGAGCUUGAAUGCUGGAAGCACACGAAGGUCUAGAAAGGCCCGGCGAACGACGGAAGAGAUGAGGAGUAAUAGUUGGGGACCAAGGGGUUCCAGGUGUAGUAUUGGGAGGUGUGGUAGGGUUGGCAGUGGACUUAGCACUGCCAGCACGUUGGAGAUUGUCAUGGAGGAGGGGCAGAGCUUUUGAUGGUGGGCGGCAUGCAGGGGUUUUUCACGAUAUCAUGAUUUCCUGUCACAAUUAUGGGUAACUUAUUGGAAUUCGGGAGUUUGUCGGCGUGAUGGAUGGCGUGCACUUAUUAGCGGAUCAUUUACCCUUUUCCUCCUCUUUUUUGCACAGUUCAUCUGUUUUAGUUUGGUCGGUCGGUCGGUUCUUUGUCGUUAUUCACUUCUUUCCUUCUUUCUUUCGUUCAUCACCACCGAACACUUACUGUACUCUUUUGCACUGUACUAGUACUUGAGUCCUCUCGUUUCCCGCCAGAAAAAAAGAAGCGAAAAAGCUAGCUUAUGCAAUACCAUACUGGUAUAGUAGUCUCACUGUGCCGUACCCUUCUCCCCCUAAAAUACCGAAUUUUAAUUUUAAUUUUUUUCAUCUCCAUCUCACCAUCCUCAUCUACCGUUAUCGCUAGAGUAUCCUCCUCACUCCACACAAGUCUUUCUUUCUUCUCCUCUCCACAAUCCCGUAUCAUACGUCCCAACCAGACAUCACAGAAAAACAAAAGCAAACACAAAAGGUCAACGGGACCUUGCAGAAUCUGAUGAUGGUGAUGAGAACAAAUAAGAAAGAAGCCUGGGUACCUGCUCGGAUUGAUUCGGAAUCGGCCCUGUUUGAUCUUGACUUGAAGCUUGGGGUUUGAAUUCGGGUUGCGAGCCUGCGUCCGAAGUGGGUGGGUGAGCACUGAGCACCCUAUGAUAGAAGAGGGAUGGUAUACGGUACAUGAUGAUCGGAACGUUUCUUGGAGCGGGACUUGGUUGGUGGAGCGGUGGGUGGAACCUUUAUUCUAUUAUUGGCUCUAAGGUACGGUUACUAGCAUCAGCCUCCGAUGAUUGUUUCUCGAG